AUGAGCUGCGACCUCUGUCACUUCAGAAAAGAGAAGUGCGUCUCCGAUACUGAUGCUAAUCACUGUCAGCGAUGUGUGCGGCUUGGUGUACGUUGCACCAACAAAAGGAGACUGCCUCGGUUAGGUCGACGGCCCAAAGUGGAACAACUCCCAUCCGGAACCUGCGGCGUGCUUUGCUUUGACUCCAAUGGCAGUCAAGGAUCCCUCCUCGGAGCUACUGCCUCAUCGGUAGCUACGCCAUCUAUCCUCGAAGUGCCUCAUCGGGCUGAUGAUGAGGAUACAGCUGUCGAGCAGGCUCUAGUAAUGGCGACGGCAGUCUGUUCACCAUACCCCGUCGUUAGGAGCCACAUGUCUACUGCCCACCCUCUGGGGCCGGCAUUCUAUCUGCUGAACGAUCCCGAAAGCUUCUAUCGCGUGCACCGACGAUUUAUGAUGGGCCGCAGCUUUAACGACAUCUUCCAGCGCGCCAUUUGGGCUCAUCUGCCCCGAGCCAAUGGCAUCCUGCUGAAAGCGUAUGAUGUGACAUUCACUACGUGGAACUGGGAAGCUAACCGACGAAAAACCCGAAGCGAGGUUGACGCUUCAUUGGCAAGCGAAUGCCUUAAUUUUCUCCGUCAGCACCGUUUUGAGCAUCCUGGAGACGCUGCUGCCUUACUCAUGUUCUCCCAAAUCCUCUUCGUAUACCACAUAAACAUACAUUGCACAUCUGCGCACUCUAUUGUCCGCAGUGCCAUGUUUACAGCAGCACCUCACUAUGAGGAGCUUCUCUUGGACAAAAACUUGGACCCCAUUACUGUCACUCCAGUCCUUAUCGACACCUGGGAGGCGUUGAUACGGCGAGAGCUACCCUCAGUCAGGGUUUCGUCCUCGACCCGUCUUAUCAUAGACAGGACGGUUGGCCUCUGUUGGCCUCUCAUUCUAUUGUUGCAGGAGUUAUGCGAAUGCAGCUAUCGUCAGAAAUGCGCCUCCCCCCAUUGCAUAGACAGAGACUACGUCUACAGAGACGUGGAGAGUCGGAUUCGAAACUGGGAACCUACUCUUCCUGAUGGACUCUUUGAUCAGUAUACCCCUCUGGUCGUGGACACCAUGUUUUUCCAGGUCCGUGUUUACCGUGCGGCUUCGCUAUUAAUCAUUCACAGGCUGCGGUACCGCCUCGGUGAUCACGACGAGGAGGCACUUUCUCUCGGGCGAAUCAUUUCAUCUGAAGUUUUGGACUUCUUAUCAUGGGCGCCCGAAGAGCUAAGACAUCUACCACUCGGAUUGCCUCUACUGGUCGCGGCCAUCGAGGCUCGGGAAAUUUGCAUGGAAAUAAUUCCUCAGUUGACAGUUUUGAACCGAAACCAGGAGCUGCUUUCGCAAUAUGUGAGGUUUAUUGAUAUUGUCUGGGAAGCGAGACGUCAAGGAUAUGGGGGAUUAUGGUUUGACUUGAUUGACAGUAUUCAGCCUCCAAUUAUUAUCUGA